AUGUCUCGCUCGGUUGUAUCCGCUUUUGUUUUCGGUGCACUCUUAACACAAACGUCAGUGAUUGCUGUGAAUACAACCUAUUUCAGCCCUGCUUCCAAUGUGCCCGAAGGCUUCAAAUCUUGGCUCAAUGGGGUCGUAUACCCAUUGACUGAAAGCACAGUCUCUGCUGAUGGGCAACGUUUCGUUAAAAACUUCGCUGGCAACGGGGCGCAAGGAACAUUUAUCAUUGGUCCUAGCGUUUUCCAAGGAGCAGACCAGAUUUUGUCCGCUUGGACAAAUGUCCCAAAAGCAGUUAAAAGUCUAGAGCACUUUCCGACGGAUGUUUAUUGGGACGGAGGCUCUUCGUAUUCCGUUUUCGGCUUGAUCAAAUAUGCGCAACUGGAUGGAAAUUGUUCGCAAAAAUCAUAUGCAACACAGUUUGUCUUUGAUUCUCCUGGGGUCUAUGAAGGACAUCUGCUCAAGUAUCACGAUUGGCUGUUUAUUUACCCAAGUGUCCCGGUCUGGAUUCUCCUGGAGACUGCCACCACAGCGCCUAUGCUGGGGAGCACGAACGCCUUACAACAAGUCCCCUUGGUGGGAUUCCUGGAUGCCUAUCCCGAGCCUGCAUUCAUUCUGUGUUCUAAUACUGGUCCGCGUCCGUCGCUUGAGUUUAUCUACGGGAAUUCCUCGCUUCGCGAACUGCUGGUUGGCCACGACGAAUCGGGAAUCCUUGACGAUCAAACAUUUUUCUCAGCUAUCGCUUCUGACGAAGAUAUUGUCUGGCUUUCCAACCCAACACAUAGUGACUCCCAGAGCACAUCAAGGUCUAUUGGAUACUCUCAUGCGAUUAACCUUCGUCCCGCAUGGCUUCCCCGCGACCAUACUUCUAUUGACCUCGAGCUCACACCCACUCCGAUUGAGCUGCCAAUAACAAUACCCGAGGUUGGCUCUUCAAGCAAUUCAUACGUUUUUACUGCCUCCCCUCGCAAAGCUCCGAUGAACUUUUUGCGAUCGGAAACCCAGGGAGAAAGUCGGAGGCGGAAAGACCCUAAUUUACGACUUCCCGACUUUCCGUUGAUGCCAGGUGCCAUUGGACCACACAUUCGAUCGAGAAUGAGUAAAUCUGACAGUAGCUCAAUGCCAUCACAGUCCGCGUUGGCCAUCAACCCAGCAGAACUCCCAUCCCGGUUGGUUGACACAUAUCCGUGGGAAACGACGCCGCUUGGCCCGAGAGAAUCUUGGCCUGUACUUUUGGAGUUAAUGGUCCAAUAUCUUAUGGAAACGCCUGUGUCUGGCGCAUUAUUUUGGGGAUGGCCCGACCAGGUGAUUAUUUACAACGAUGAAUACGCUAAGAUGAUAGGAAGCAAGCACCCUAGAAUAUUUGCAAAGGCUGGUCCAGUUGCGUGGGGAGAACUUUGGGGCGUGCUUGCUGUAGUUUCCGAGAGCGUAAGGAGGGGCAAGUCGACCUGCAAGGCUGACGACUUACUGUUUUUCAGCACGUUGACUGAGCUUCAUCUGCCCGAAGAGUUUUAUCACUCCUGGCACUGGACUCCAGUUUGGCAGGAAGACGGCACGGUGGCGGGGAUAUUCAACAUUACUUGGGAAACCACCCAAAAGGUUAUUGCCGAGCGACGCCUAAGCUGCAUGUCUGAGGUUUCAUCAAAAGUGUCUGACGCCAAAACGCAACAGCAGUUUGGCGAACGAGCAUUGGAGGCUUUGUCCCGAAAUCCAUUGGACCUUCCAUUUAUUGCACUCUAUUGGUGCGAAGUCGAAGAGCUACCAACAAACGGAGCAUCUACUGCCCAGGCCAGCUCAGCUCGUGUACUAGACUACAUCCGGAAUCCUACGGCAGGUUCACUCAGUGUCAAACUCACCCUCUCUGGUUCGAUUGGCAUCCCUGACGAUCAUCCUAUCGCCCCUCCCAUAAUCAAAUAUACUCUAAACUCGCUUACCUUCCGGCCCCAACUCCACACGUAUGAUUCGGGCGUUGACGUGGGCUCCUCUGGUGUUUCUGAAACCACGUCUCGGGGGAAUGCCCCUGGGUCACCCAUGGGCUCUGCGGCUAGUAAUCAGCGUCCGGCAGAUUCGUCCAAUUCUACCGACUCCGGCCUGGAUAUAACCAAGGCUUUUGCUUCCGGUUCCAUCGAACUAGUUGAUCCUCUCCCUGUUCAUCUCGCUGAGGGACUCGAUGCACGUGGAUUCAAGGAUCUACCUCGUAUGGCCGCUAUCAUGCCAAUCAGUACUAACUCAACACAAGGUGGUAGAAGCGUCCAUGGAAGGACGCUUCCAUAUGGAGUCUUAUUACUCGGGAUUAACACUCGUAGAGCGUAUGAUGCCGAUUAUGCUUCGUGGCUGGAAAGCUUGGGAUCAGCGUUGAGCAACCAGUUGACUGCAGUUCUCCAGCGGGAGGCGGACAUGAAGAUGAUGGAGGAAAGGGAGCGAAUGGACAAAGCCAAGACGAUGUUUUUUACCAAUGUAUCUCAUGAACUUAGGACUCCGCUGACCCUAAUCCAAGCACCACUGGAACAACUCUUGCUAUCUUCCAAUAUCACCAGCGACGCGAAAUACAAACUCCAAUUGGCAGUACGAAACAGUCGGCGCCUGAAGAAACUUAUCGAUUCUAUCAUGGACAUGAGCAAACUCGAAGCCGGACGACUUGUCGGCAAUUUCCGGCCUGUUCAACUAGCUCGUGUAACCGCUGACCUUGCUGCGUUAUUCCGGAGCAUGGCCGAGAAGAAGUCGAUCGAUUAUAUUAUUGACUGUGACGUUGGAAGUGAGCCAUCCGUUUACGUCGACAUCGACUUGUGGGAAAAGAUUGUAUGCAAUUUGUUAUCGAAUGCAUUCAAGUACACACUGCACGGUACAAUCAACUUGAGGAUCAAACAUGAAGCUAAUCUUUCGCACAUUGCUGAAGGUACCGGGGUAGGACUUUCUUUGACAAAGGGUGAAAAGGAAUUGGUUUCGCUUCAUGGUGGUACACUGGGUGUUCAAUCUUGUACCGAAGAGGAUUGUCCUGGUCAUUCGGGCAGCACCUUCACAAUCACACUUCCGCAUGGAUCAAGCCACCUUCCUGCGGCUCUUAUACGGGAUGCGAUGCACCCCGGUACACAUAGCGGUACGCGCAAAGAAAUGGACUACUGGAUGGAGCUGGACCAACCGACGCCUUCUGCAACAUCUGCGGGCGACGAACUCGAAGGAGAAAGUGCUACGUCUUCGACUCUGUUCUUCGAGAAGGACGAUGUAAUUUUGGUCGUCGACGAUAAUGCGGAUAUGCGAUCCUAUGUACGCAAGAUUUUUACCCCUUACUUGACCGUCCUAGAGGCCGCGGAUGGGGUGGGGCACUUCAAAUUGCCAGGUCUCAAAGACUCAAUCUUCGAUGUAAUGAUGCCAAACAUGGACGGUCCAGAGCUAUUGAGACGAUUGCGCGAGGAAAGAAGAACCAAGCUGCUUCCUAUUAUUUUUGUGACUGCCUCCGAUGAUAACGAUGGGGCAGUGGAUUACAUCAGCAAACCCUUCAAAGUCAAAGAUUUGCUCGCUCGAACCCACUUACAAUUACAACUCGGAAAGCGGCGAGUAAAGCUCGAGGAAGAUUUUGAGGGCGAAGUUCAACGACUAAUGGAUUGCUUAGGUCGGAUUUUCAGAACCGAUGCCGAGGGCAGGCUUACAUAUGUCAACCCUGCUUGGUAUCAUAUAACCGGGUUUCCUCAUGAGCAAGAUCAGGAUGAGUGGAUUGACUAUGUUAUCCCAACGAGCAAGGAUGACAUGUUAGGCGUUUGGCGAACGUGUUUUGAAUCCCAUAAAUCAACCAGCAAGCGCAUACAAUGGAAGAGUGGCUGCUGGACACAUGUCGGGCUGUCACCAUUGAUAUCCCCAGAGGGAAACAUGCUCGCAACACCGCGCCGAGGAAACUCGUAUUGCCUUGGCGGAGGAGAGGGAGCAUAUGGCGGCGACAGAGCUGAAGAGGCAGAAGCGCAACGACAAUUAGAAGUCGAACGUAGAAGGGCCCAAGAAUUGUUGAUUGAUGUCACGUCCCACGAAUUAAGGCAACCUGUGUCUGCUAUCAUACAGAACGCAGAAGUUGUACGAAACAAUAUGAAAGGUCUCCGGGAUCUUUUGCACGAUUGUCAGAGGCGGAAGAUACUAUAUUCUCCAACGGAACGUAUGUUAUCAGAGCUGGAAGACGAUUUGCAAGCUAUGGAUAGCAUCAAACAAUGUGGCCUGGCACAAGCCCGUAUUGCGAAUGAUGUCCUGAGUCUGUCCAGAAUCCAGCUUAACGUCCUCUCAAUUAUACCAUCGGAUUUUGAUAUCCGUCGAGAAACCAGCCAAAUAUUAAUCGUCUUUAGGAAUGAGCUCAUGUCGAAAAAUAUUACCUUUGAGCUCGAUUUGGGGCGAGGGGCUGAGAUGUAUGGACUUCAUACCGUUACAACGGACCGCAGCCGAUAUGCGCAAAUCAUCACCAACAAGAUCAAAGUAUCACUUGAAUUGUCUCUAGACCCUCCGUCGGAUGAUAGUUGCGCUGUUCCACCGCUGAUGCCAAAACGAGUAACCCGCGGUCGAUCGUGGCCAGAAGAACUGGAGGUGUAUAUUUAUGUAUCAGUGCAGGAUUCUGGGCCUGGGUUGCAAAAAGAGGACCUGGCCUUAUUGUUCCAGAGGUUCCAGCAGGGUUCGAAUGCCCAUCACGUCUUUGGAGGCUCUGGCCUUGGCUUAUUCGUCUGCAGACAGUUGUGUCACCUGAUGGGAGGGCGAAUCGAGGUAGUAAGCGAACCUGGUCAAGGUGCAACUUUCCGGUUCUUUAUCCGGGCAACUGCCCCAGGACGCAUCACUUCCAGUCCCUUAGUAGCUGGACCCAGGCUCAAACGGUCAAUUCAGUCCAAUCAAAGGCUUCCAGGACUCCAAAGCUUCGCGUACGUCGAGGACGUCAAGACAAGCGGAGGCUCUAGUUCAAGACCUCUACCAGAGACGCCAAACCAGCGACAUAACCAACCAUUGCACAUUUUAAUCACAGAAGAUAACAAGAUUAAUCAGACUGUUUUAGCGCGGCAGAUGAAGCGUGCUGGAUUCACAUUUUCGUUGGCUUCGAACGGCCUUGAAGCUUUGCAAGCUAUCGAAAGGACUGAGACACAAGCCGGAAAGAAGUUUGAUGUGGUUCUGAUGGACCUUGAGAUGCCAGUCAUGGACGGAUUUGCGACGACUCGAGAAAUCCGCAGACGAGAAAAGACUGGGACGUUCCGUAAUCGCAGUUUUAUCAUCUCGAUCACAGGGAAUGCCCGAUCUGAGCAGGUGCAGAGCGCACGCGAGGCCGGUGUAGACGACGUUAUUAUCAAGCCCUAUCAAAUAGAUGCGCUCAUAUCCAAGAUGCGGGCGGUUCCCAUUGACCAUUUGUUUUCGAAUGCUCAGCAAUUUCUAACACGACUUGAUGAUUAUUCAUUCCCAUUUUAA